AUGCAUCCGGAGUCGAUUCAUUGGAGCCCUUCAAAGUUACUCUCAAAGACCAAAAGUAUCAUCGCAUCAAUCGAUACGGAUCUUGAGUCUUGGUAUGGAGUAUCCUCUGGUAGCUCCCAGUCAAGAUCUAUAUCUGGCUCUAGCGACAAUGAGGAAGAUGACGACAGCUGGGUAAACUUCAGUAUGUCAUCGAAAGCUCAAAACAAUUUUGGAACAUCUCAAAUGGACGAGGGGUCGAGAGUGACGACAAUACCGACUGAUAACGACAUCCGGCGUCAAAGGCGCAUUCGACGUCUGCCUUUCACAACGAUUCACCAACGAUUGAAGAAGUCACAUCAUGUAGAGAUGUGUUUGGUGGGUAUCUCCGAGAAGCUCUACUGGGCGCUAGUCAAUCAAUCCGCAUGUUGUGCCAGGAAACACGUCGCCCGCAUCUGCCUCGAUGGUUUUCCACUACAUGAAAACAAACCCAACCCCUCUGACGCUCGUCACUUGAGUUUGUUCCUUUCUUACCAAAUUGAUCUAUGCUCCCUUCUGGCAAGCUGUGCAAGCUAUAGAGAAGGCUUAAGCAUGACUCUUUACCAAUUAUCUGACAACACUCCCGUCUUAAGCGGCACCCGAAACGAAGAUCGGCGAACGACCCAGCCAGCGAUCGCACUCGGACACUUGAUCGAUCGGAAAAUUUUCUCUCGAUAUUAUGGUGGCCAGAUUCUCCCAGUGAACAGAGCAACAAUGUGUUUGAAUCUUUCUUUGGCUCUCAUGCAUUUGUCGAGCGAGACUUGGCUCGGACACAGGUGGUCGGUCGACAACAUCUAUUUCCUCCAUGACCCCCUUGAUUCACCAAACGCUAUUCAGCAGCUUGAUCAUCCUUAUCUUUCUAGAUCUAUUACUGGGAAUGAGUUCGGUUCUGGGAAUCAGCAAACUCAGGCAGGUCUGAACAACGAAAGAGCAAACGUUUUAUCCUUCCUCCAGGUCGUGAUGGAAAUCAUGGGAGGCGAGAGAGUUCGAUUGGAAGCUCAUGCAGACGAUUUUGAUUUGCUAUAUGAACUGAGGAGAACUAAAGACGAAGUCUGUCGAUGGUACCCUGAGCCUUUAGAAGAUGUCAUUUUGUCCUGUCUUGCAUUCUGUAGGUCAGCAGACCCAGGUCUAGAUCCUAUUCUUCAUAGAACCUGGAUAUGGAGGGAAAUUGUGCAACCAUUCGAGGAACUUGCAAACAGCUUCAAGAGGAUACCGUAUCAAAAAGUCGAAUGGAACUCAGAGAGCUGCCAAAAUACGAUCCCUCUGCUUUCGAAGAAGGCAGAGUUUCGGUUGAUUGAGUCAGAAAAACGACUUCACGCUCAGUCCACGAGUCUUGAACAUGCGGAAAAUCGAGGUGAAACAUUCGAUAGCACGCGAAUCGCGUCGGUAAACACCUGGUUCUCACGAUUGGAAAAAGUCAACGAUGUGCUUGAGAUAAGUACCCAGACUCAAAGUCAGAAGACUCGAAUUGCGGUUAUUGAUACUGGAAUUGACAAAGACGAUCCCAAUGCUGAAGAGGUCCUUGGUUACAAAGACUUUAUCGAUGGCGACGAUGGGAUGAAAAUGGACGACACAGGUCACGGCACAGCAAUUGUAGAUUUGAUUUACAGAGUCUAUGAACCCGCAGAGAUAUUUGUGGCAAGAGUAUUAUCGACUCCGGAGAGAAAUGAGACAAUCAAAGCCGAUUGUCUAGUGGCCCGAGCAAUCGACUGGGCAUUGCAGAUGAAGGUUGACAUCAUCUGCAUUGCCAUGGGUUUCCAAAGCGUGCAAGGAUGUGAGCUGCAAGAAGCUAUCGCCAAGGCAUCACAGCAAGGGAAAUUGGUCUUCGCAGCUGCCGCAAACGAGAGCCACGCUGACGAUAUAGCUUACCCGGCUCGAUACAGUCCAGAUGUGUUCUGCAUGUUCUCCACUGACGCAGGUCUCAAGAACUCCAGAUCUAUCAACCCAAGAAAACAAGAAAGGAGCCGCAACUUUGCUAUUCUAGGAGAGGAUAUUAAACUAGCUAGCGGCAAGCUUGGCAAAGGCACAUCCUUCUCCACAGCCAUUGCAUCCGGCUUUGCGGCGAGUCUGCUAGAUUUCUCACGGCAGUCAGAUCGUGUCGAAUAUUUGUCAACAUUCCAGUUCCUUUCAAGGCAAUGGGGAAUGAGGAAAGUAUUCUCUGAGAUUUCCAUUGACGAUCUCGGUUUUGAUUGUAUAUGCCCAUGGUAUCUUAUAUCAUCAUCGGAGCUCAGGCAACAAGUAGUACGCCGGGACGAUUUGGAGGACCUAAGAGAUAAGCAGGCAAUCAGAGAGUCAAUCCACAGGGAUUUGUUCACAUGGUUACGGUAA